AUGGCUCCUAAUGCUUCCCAAACUAAAUUUUCCCUUAAACUGAUGGUUAACAAAGAAGAAAAGAGAGUUAUAUUUGCUGAAGCUGACAGCAACUUUGUUGACACUCUUUUCAGCAUCAUGACUUUGCCAAUGGCCACAAUUGUCAGGCUCUUGCGUAAACUCCCCGAUGGAACGCUUAAGCCGAUUGGGAGCCUAAACAACUUGUACCAAAGUCUACUGGAUCUUUCUAUGAAUUGUAUGUCAGCUGAAGAAAACAAAUGGAUGCUGCUUAAUCCCAGAACUUCAUCACAUGAUACAUACAGAACGCUUAAACUCAACAUAAAUGAUGAAGAGCCUACAAAAUUCUUCAUAUGCCAAGAUAUUUUGUGCAGCCGGUGCUCUGGUCCGUGUUUUAGCACCUGUAACCUUGCAAAAUGCAAGUGUGGCAAGACCAUGAACCUCGAAAUGAAAUACGAGGAAUUAAAUGGUAAUAUGACAGGUGGGGUGUUUGUUUCUGAUUUAACAUCCUAUAUUGUCACAGAUGAUCUCCGUGUAAUGCCGAAUAGUCCAGACUUUAUUGUUCAGCUACUAUGUGAACUUGGAGUCACUGAUGUUAGCAGUUUGGAGGAGAAGUCAUUUGGUAUUGGUAUUGAUCAGAUCCUUAAUCUUUUAGAAGGAGCACUACUGUUCAAACAUCCCUUGACAUACUUGGUUUUUCCUAGUUCGCCUAUUGCGCGUGAUUUACUUAAUCCAAGACAAGAAACUUCAGUUAACCAUUUGACUAGAAAUGAAUCCUUUGAAACUCUAAAGAAUUUCAAGGUGAAAGUUACUAUGCAAAAGUCAACAUCUAAGUUUCUUUUUGCAGAAGCAGAUUCUGAUUUUGUUGAGUUUCUUUUUGGGUUUCUUCAAAUUCCAUUAGGAACUAUGAUUGGGGACUUAAUGGAUGGUACAUGUUGUAUUGAGAAUCUGAACAACAUGUUUAAAAGCAUUUCUAAUAUGAGUGUUGGGGAAGGCAUAAAGUCAGAUGAGCUCAAAAAUAUGCUUCUCCGACCUCAAUUGGUACAUACAAAUCUUUCAGUGAACCAAAUUUUUCCUCUAAGUGUUUUAUGCGCUUCCAAAAGUUAUUGUCAUAUCUAUGAGGAAAAAGGAACUACUUUUGCAUAUUUAACUCCUUCUGUAGGGAAAAAUCGUUUUGGAUAUAUGUUUCGUGAAUGUUCUCUUAAAGAUUCAAGAGUUGAAGGACAAUAUUUGAAGGCAUUUGCUAAGUUCAUGUUGACAGAUGAUCUUGUUGUAACUGCAUCAUCAUCUUUUUCUUCAAUUACUAUGCUGGGAACGUUGAAGAUUCCUUUGAAUGAUUUUGAGGUACAUACAGUAAGCAUCGGCAUUGAAGAGGGUUUGGAAAUUCUUGAUGCUUCUCUAAUGUCUGUUUCGCCUAUGACAGAUUCCAUACUAAAGAAAAUAACUGAAGCUCAAAACUGA